ACUCUCAGCAAGAAAGUGAAUAAAUGCGAUCCCCCAGAAAUCAAACUAUUUCUUUAGGGUCUUGAUUUCUUGAAUAUCAUAGAAUAUAGGUCACUUUACAGAAAUACAACAGUGCUUUUUGCAACCUUAACACACAUUUUGCAGUAGGUGGUAGCAGAUUUAACUUGGACUAGCUUGUUUCCACUUUUAGGUCAUGUAAAUAAUCCAAAUUAUUUACAGAAAGUCAUUGAAAAGUCAUGAAAUUUUAGUCAGUACCACAGUGAGAAGUUGGACUUUGACUACAGUUUGGUAGAUGUUUUCUAAAAGUAUCCCUCACUAUUAAAAUCCAACCGGCACUUAGAUGGUUAACAUGUGCAACAUCUGGAUCCAACUUAUGGUCACAUGACCAGGAGGAAGUUGGAACUGCGGAACCUGUGGUCUGUGUUUACACAACGGUGAGAGUCCACUUGGUAAACCUUAACCUGACAUUUGAAUAUGCAGCACUUUUUCAUAUUCACCCUCAGCCUGUUACCAUGGAUCCCAGCCUUCCUCUGUGGUGGGGUAACCACCGUGGAAGAACAUGCAGUCCUGGAAGGUAAAUCCCUCACGGUCCCGUGUCAUUAUGAGCCUCAGUAUGCCAGCUAUGUAAAAUAUUGGUGUCGAGGGAGGAUGAGGGAAUUCUGUACCAGCUUAGCUCGCACAGAUGACCCCGGUUCAGCCGAUCCAGCUGAGGCCAAAGUGAGCAUUUUUGACGAUCCGGUCCAGCUGGUUUUCACUGUGACCAUGCAAGACCUGAAGGAGGAAGACUCUGGGUGGUACAUGUGUGGUGUGGAGAUAGGUGGUGUAUGGAGCGCUGAUGUUGUCGCUUACACUAACGUCAAGGUCAUUCAUGGUUUGUCAGUGGUGAACAGCAGACUGAGCGGGGAGGAGGGGAGUAGUGUCACAGUUGAAUGCCUCUACAGUGAGAGAUACAGAGAAAGCAAGAAGAAGUGGUGUCGGAGUGGAGACUGGAGCUCCUGUCUGAUGACAGGGUCUGAAGGGAGCUACGAAGACAACUCAGUGGCCAUCAGCGAUGACAGAAUUGGGACUUUAACUAUAACCUUAAAGAAGCUGCAGAUGAGAGAUGCCGGCUGGUACUGGUGCUCUGUUGGACAGCAGCAGAUAGCCGUGCAUGUGCAGGUCACACCUCCAGCCUCAACUACAGCAGUGUCUGUGAUGUCUCCUGCUACACCAAGCCAAUCUGUUGCAUACUUGCCUCCCCCAAAACCCAUCACAAAGGACUCCUGGAACGGUCACAGUCACAUCUUGGAGUCUUUGCUGGUGUGUGCUUCUCUCAUGCUUCUUGUGGGCUUGGCCGUAUUUGCAUGGAAGAUGUGGAAACUGCACAAGCAGGAUCCUAGGCUGAGACGAAUGGAGGGGAUGAAAGUAAGGCUCAGUGAGUUAUCAGGGGAUGUUGGUGACCUGCAAAACGUCGUUUUCCUCAACAAGAAUUCCCAGAGCGCACAUAUGUGCUGAAUUCAGAAAAUACCAUUGGGCUCAUUUUUUAUAUUUGCAGUGUUGUUAUUCUCUGUAACUGAAUGUAAUUUUGUGUUAGUUAACUGCACAUCACACAUGCUCACUUUCAGUUACUUUUAUAUAUUAUAUACCACAUUUAACUGCUACUUUGCCAGUGUUAUAAUCUUGAGAUGUUUAUAAAAGACUAAACACCUCACAUAAGACAACUUUGCCAAAAUAUAAUCAUGUGGUCUUUUACUUAAUUUGAUCAGAAGCACAGCUGUAUCUACCACAACUACAGGACACUGCCUGCUGCCUGCUGCCUGCUGCUGCUGAAAAUGAUGAAAGCAGUGGGAGUUAAAAAAAAACAGUGAAGUUGUGGGCAACAAAACCAAAACAGCAAGCUAAAUAACGCUCAAAUGCCCCAUAGAGCUGAGGAAAACUGCGGAGUGAUACCUUCCUCAUACAGAUAGUCAUAUAAUCCACUAUUAAUAUAAAAAUAUUCAUCAUAGUCACUUUUCAGUUAAUUGAGUCUAUAAGCAGCCGUCGUUUAAGUAACUGCUCCAUUUAAAUAAAACUGUCAGAAAAUAUAAUUUAACCACUAACUCCAUAAAGAAAAUAUAAGAAAAAAAGACAUAAAGAAAAUAUUUUAAAGACUUUUCUUUUUGAUGCCUGGGGCUGUUGGGGGGGAAGGGGGGGACUUGGAUUAAUGGCCCCCAGUAUUUUUAAAAUCUAAAACUAAAAAUCUUGUCUGCAUGAACGGCCCAUGGGAGUGACACAAGAAUGUUUUCAGUUAAGCUAUUUUGGUACAACCAGUGUUUAUUUCACAACUAGAUAAUUAAAUAGCUAAUUAACACAUAUAGGCUUGGAUACAUUCUGUUUGAUGGAAAAUGUGGAAGCACAUUCACGGAAUAUGAAUGUAAUUAUGAGGCGUACCUUUUUGAAGAAAGAAGGGAAGAAAGCAUUUGAAAGAGUUUGUAAAUUAACUCUGAAACAAACAGCUCUACAUUUCAUGCUUGAACCGUCUGUUCUCUCACUGAAGCUCAAAUGAUGUGUUAGAAUUGUAAAUUGAACAGGCUAAUGAGACAUCCCAAACAGCUGUGGAACCAACUAGAGCUUGGAAAUCUUAAUAGUAACUUAGGUCUCACCUUCAUUUGUAGAAAGUCCAUUUUGUUGUUUAUGAUCAAGAGAAAUAAAAUUACAAAGAUAGUGUUCCUUUGUGGUGUCAUGUUUGCAUACCUGCAGAAUCAGAAUGAAGUCUCUGUGGAUAAUCACGUCUUGGACUGAGGUGAAUAUUGUCUUUUGGCUUUGAAUUGUGGCUUUUCAGGAGUGUAUUUUUUUGACAUUUUAUAAUUUUAGAGUAAAAUUUCUUUUUAAAAGAGCUACACAGUCUUUACAAAAACAUUGCCUGUUGUCAUUUUACAACAGGCAAAAAUCAUAUUUGAAGAGGAGCAGACAAAACAACACACAUUUGUAGUGCUGUUAGCAAUGAACACUCUGCUCAGUGACAAGAUUAAUAGAAUAAAGGUUCUUGCUUUUCAGAGCCUUUUAUCAUUUAUGGUCACAGCUGCUGCACCUGGUGGAGGCUACUCAGGAAAUGUUAAGAGAGUUUUGUUGCAAAGUAUUUGAAUCAAAAGAAACAUUCUUCAUGUUAACCCUAACCCUAACCCUACUUUGUGAAUUGUGUCAGUUCUUAGCUUGCUUUAGCCUUAUUCUAGUGUGAUUACCUGUUUUUAGUAGUGUUUAAUCAAAGGUGUAAUUUUGUGUUGUUUUAUAUCUAUAUUAAAAGGU